GAGACAGAGAGAGAGAGGGAGAGAGAAACGUUGUCGUCAGAAAGAGAAAAAGAGCGAAUGUUCAUUGAAGCGAGUUAUCCGAUCUCGACUCGACAUUUGUCCGCAUCUCUAGAGCCAAACUCAUCGGGGCCUCCACCACUUUCUCUCUCUCUAGGUCGUUGUCACAGUAUCUGGAUCCUGGAUCUUCUCGCUCGCUGCUGCCUUCUUAAGGAACUCAGGGCACGUUAAUCCGGUACAGGACUUUCACAUUUCUCUGCAGCCGCUCUUCGAUCCUCCUUCGGCCUCUCGUCCUCCGUGAGGCAGACAAAUUUUGGCUGCGAGCUUUUCAGUCGCACUUCUACAAGAUGACGGAGACUGUGGUCCUUAAGGUUGGCAUGAGCUGCGAGAGCUGCGUCGGAGCAGUGAAGAGAGCCAUUGCUAAGAUGGACGGUGUGGUGUCGUCCGAUGUGGACAUCAAGGAACAGAAGGUCACCAUCGUUGGCAACGUCAAAGCUGAUGAGGUCCUUGAAAAAGUUUCCAAAACUGGCAAGCCAACUGAGUUUUGGCCCAAAGCUUAGGAUUAGCAAGAAGAGCAUUUGCUUGAUUGUUCAAUAUCCGCUAGAUAAGUGCCAACCAAACCAUCUUGUUCUCGAGCAUGGCUUUGGGAGGUCAUAAUGCCCUCCUGCCUGUCUUUUCUCGAAACAUUUGAUUCAGCGGAUGUUCAAUAAGAAAAAUAUGUAAAUACAUACACUUACGCUAUAAAAUUGCAGUAAGAAGGUUUGGCUUGGCUCACUUGACUCAGUUUGUCAGUUGUAUGGUG